AUGGCUUCUCCCAGAAUCAUCCUCUACACCAACAGAGGCUGCCCAUGGGCUCACCGCGUGCACAUCGCGCUCAAAGAACUCGGCCUGGCUUACGAAGAGGUCACCAUCGACCUGACGACGCCGCGAGAGCCAUGGUACCUGGAGAUCAACCCCCGCGGUCUGGUGCCUUCGCUGUCAUACGACGGACAAAUCAUCACUGAAUCGGCCGUUGUCGCGCGGUUCCUGGCCGACGCAUAUCCUUCACACCUCUUCCCGCCAUCCACAUCCGUCGAAAACGCUCUAUACCGGGCACGUCUUGAUUUCUUCGUGGAUAGCUUCUUCAGCAAGGUGAUCCCCCAUUUCUGGACCGGCGUUCGUGCCGACAGCCAAGAAGAACGCGACCAGGCGGCGCAGGCUUUCGUCGACGCCGUGGCCAAGGAGCUCGAGCCUCUCCUGGUAUCUGGGAAGGGGCCCUACUACGGUGGCAGCGAGAAACUAACGCUCGCAGAGGUACUUUCUGGAUCAUUCCUGCUUCGGAUCAAUUCCUUCGCCAAACCCGAGUAUGGACUGCUCAGUGCUAAGCUACACACGCUCCUGGAGACUGUACCCAAGUUCAAGAGGUGGCUGGAGGCUACUGUGCAGCACGAGAGCGUGAAUGGCAUCUAUGAUGAAGAAGCUGUGGCGACCGGAACUAAGGAGAGGCUGCUCUCAGCCAACAUGGGAACCCGUAGCCUCAUCUGCAUAUACUACAAGGGUCGCUUCAUGGUGGCCCAGUACACCCAGUGGGAUGGCUACCUCGAAGGCCAGGGAUGGGGCAUCUUGCAAUUCCUCCUCGUCCCCGGCAACAUUGAACGCCUCAAAGCCGGCAUGGAGUUCAUUACCGUCGUGGAUGAAGACACCGUGCAGCAGCUCGCAGAGGGCCACGAAUACAACACCUACGAUCGCCUGGGCCAGCGCGUCUGCCAGUGCGGUGCCGUUGCGCCCAUGUCUGGACCAUCGCCCUGCGUGCCAUCUACCCUGAGUCGAGACACUGGCUCCAAGCUCUUUGAACUCAUUGCCUCUGCGCGUAGUGACAGCUACAUGCCCUUUCUGCUGAGUCUGGAUUUUGCUACGGACGGUCUUUUCUGCGAAUACUGCUACUGCGUGGAUCUUGAUAACGACACCUUUGAGCUGUUUGGUGGUCACACUCGUAACGUGAAGGGCGAGGAGGAUGCUGGCCACCAGAAGACGGGGAAGUUCCGUUUUUCGGCUGUUCAUCCUCAGGCGGAAUGGACGCCGAAUUUCCUCAAGGCUUUUUCCUUUUCGGAUCUUCCCAAGGAUCUGGAUGAUAUGCUUGCGAAAGUCACGGCUGACAACUCUGCGAAUGUCGAGUAUGAGGUGGACGAUGAGAAGGACAGCGACGAGGAUGAACAUGACGAGGAGGAAAAGAGCCACGAAACUGGUGCUGAAGCAGAGAAGUGA